AUGGCUCGACUGAUACCCGGCAUAACGCCAACACCCAUCCCUCGACGGGCUGACCCCCUGACCGACCUCACCCUGCUACUGAGCCGACUGCAGCGCACCAUCCUACAUGCCGACGCCGAGCGCGAAGCCCGGUUACGGGAGAGCGACUUUGAGAGGGAAAAGGCCCAUGCGAACAUCCACUAUGCGCGAUCGCUCCUCACAAAACUCGAGCAAGAAGCCUUGGCGAUCAAGAUCCAUUCCCGGCGACAGGAUGCCCAGGCCGAUCUGGUGCGGAAAAAGGAGGUGCUCGAUCAGCUAUCAGAACGCCUCAGCGAUCUAGCCGAGUUUGCGGCCGCGAUGAGUACCAGCCAGGGCGACCAUGAUGACGACACCUCCGAUGGGGAAGAUCUCUUGGCCGACAUAAUCGCGACACCAAGCGAGAGCAUGAACUCGACGACGUCGCCUGACAUGCCACCAGAAGAGCCCAACGAGCCAUCAGAUGAAUUACCAUCCCCUCUAGAACCGCCAUCACGCCCUCCGCCCGAAUCCACGCAGCAGCAAACAAACACAACCCGUCAACCCGAACAACCCUCUACCUCAACCCCCGCCUCAACCGCACCACAACCAGCAGCAACCACCACCACCACCACCACCACCCAAACCCUUCGCCCACGCCACCCCGAAGCAACCCCAUCCACCAUCAGCUCAUCCUCCUCAAACCCCCCACCGCAAGCCUCCUCCUCCUCCGCCACCACCUCCGCCCUCUUCUCCAACCACCGCCCAACCAACCACACCACCACCGCCAUCACCACCACAGAAGCGAUCCUGGACCACCAGCGCGCCGAGCAAGACGCCCUCUCCGAGUCCAUCCUCAAGCUCGCCUCCGACCUGAAAGCGUCCUCCAAAGCCUUCAGCGCGUCGCUGGACGAGGACCGCGAGGUGGUCGACCGCGCCGGCCAGGGCAUCACCCGCACCGGACAGAACAUGGAGGGGGUUACCCGGACGAUGGGCGCGCUGCAGCGGAUGACCGAAGGGGAGGGGUGGUGGGGCAGGAUGAGGCUGUAUGCGAUUGUGUAUGGGUUGAUGGUGGUGUUGGUGUUGGUGGUGUUUGCGUUGCCGAAGUUGAGGUUUUAG